UACAAGCAAGGGGCAGAACAAACGAGGAAGAGAGAAAAAGGAGAAAGAAUGGUGUAUUGGUUGUGAUCACUACAGUUGUUAUCUACCGCAUUAAUACAAACUAGUCAAGGAGUUAUCUCCCUUUCACUCGAACGUCACACUCAACCCAAGUGUAAACCUACUUUACUGUUUAUUUACUUGUUUUAAGGACAUGGACAAUAAUGAGACAAGGGACAUUGAACACUGGACGAGACAUGCAGAGCUUCGGAAUGUGCUAGAUGAUUAUCAUAAGAUUCUAAAGGAACAAACUCCCGAUUUGCAUUUGAAAAUGAAGACCUCACUGAGUGAUGUCGAGACAGGUUUUACCGUCUGGCGAAUCUGAUUCUAGUAAAACAUUGUCUGGUACGAGCCAUAAUAUCAACAAGUCUUGCGAUGAUACACACAGCUAAGCUCUGACACACGGGGUCAACAGCCUUGGGGGCGAGCAGAAGGUCAACGUCUGGUCAACGGUUUUGACGAAUGCUCGAGGCUACGGUGAUGUGGUCAUACACAUAGAAAAACAGCUUCGAAUGCUUGAACAGCUACUUCCACUGCUAAAAGAUAAUGUGCAAUUGCCAAUUGUAGUGUUCUUUUAUUUAAGUAAAGUAAACGUUUGGUUUAUUUGCAAAAGGUGCAUCUUACUUUUAACACAAUAAAUGUGAGAUGACAUCUCUAACAUACAGCAAGAAGUCAGUGGAUAGAAGUUCGUGUGUUGUAUGUACAGAGUAAAGGACUGGAUUCCCGUGAACCGCGAAAGCUAAACGUUUCAUGUCAGUAACUCAGCUACCAUUAUGGCUCAGUCACACGAAAGAGAGUGUGCCGUGUGCACGAAUGACUUCACGACACCAAAGAUUCUACCCUGUGGUCAUCUCCUGUGUCGACAAUGUGUCAUUUCCUGGAAGGAUUCCAAACCUGAUGCCGGGUGUCCGCUGUGUAGAUGUCCUAUAGUAGAGCAGUCAGAUGUAAGUUCGUCCGACACUGUUGACGCCCUGCCGACAGACUUUGUGAUGGAAGCGCUGGUGGAGAGCGCUCGUGUGCUGAGUAAAGAUCACCUUUGUUGUGUGUGUGAGGACGUCAGGGCGGACUUCAUCUGUAUGCAGUGUCAGGUCCUGAUGUGUUCAGCGUGUCUAAAAGUUCAUAAAAAUCUUCCUGCAACCCGCAGUCACGAUGUGGAGAGUGUCAGCACUGUGACACCUGAACGUCUGGCUGCCAGCCGCCCUGCACUGUGUGCUGACCACGGCGACAAACCGGCGGAGUUCUUCUGCCGCGAGCACCGCCUCGCUGUCUGCUCAGCCUGUAAGACUAACAAACACAAAGUAUGUCCAGAAACAAACUAUCUUGACGAUGAAAUACAAUCAGCUCAAAAAUUACUAAAGGACUUGACAAAGAUUUUGGUAGAAGCGGAGCAGAAGCUAGAGCAGGUUAUAGGUCAGGUGACGUCACGUCUACUGGAAGUUGAUGUCAGCGAGCAAGAAGACUUGGCGCAGGUAGACAAGACAUGUGACUGUCUUCACACGCUCGUGGAAGAUUUCCGUAAGAAAUUGAAGGAAAAGACUCGCACGUCACAUCUUAAAAUCAGGAAUCCGUUAUGUGACGUCAAGACUGACCUUAGCAACCGUCUAGGGAAGGUGACGUCACACAAACACAUUGUGACGAGAGCCACGGCAGUGUCACCACGUCCUGCACUGAUACACAUGACACAGGCUCUGACAGACAGGGUCAACAGCCUUGACUUGAGGUCUGACUGGCAACAAGAGGUGUGGGUGAAGCCCGUGUCAAGUGCAGAGAGCUGUAAAAUUGUUGUAAGGUGGAUACAACAAGAGCUACUGAUGUUGGAGAAGCAGUGGACAGAGCCAGAGAUAGAUGCAAAGACACCAGUCCUUGUGUUCCACGACAACUGCGGAACCAACAUUCGUCUGACGAACGGUAACAGGACCGCGGAGAAGAUAGAUCAAAGUGCCUCCUCUAACGGGGUGGUCGUGUCACGUGACUCUAUCGUGUGGAAAGUUUUGUAUGAGGUCAAAGUUGACGAAGUAACAGCAACAGAGGACGCGUUAUUCGUAGGAGUGACAAGAACACCUCCUGAGCGCCUCACUAUGACGAGUUCCUUGAUAGACCUAGGCAUCGUCGGAGUCAAUUGGAUCAGCCACCAGAAAAAGUUUUUAUAUAGGACGAUAGGAAAAGGUCUCAAGAAACUUCAAGUCGGGAGUCGAGUCGGGGUCCUGGUGGACUCGUCAAACGACAUUCACCUCUUCGUCGACGGAUAGGACCAUGGUGUUGUAGCGGAACAUGUCCCACCGCCCUGCUUUGCUGUAUUUAUUAUGCACGGUGCAAUCACGAAGGUGACAGCCCUUCCUACAUCAAAAAGAUCAUGAAGAAUAGAGGAAAACAAGAGAUAGUAAAGCGUGAAUAUAUUUGCCGCCAUCAACCUGGCCAUUGAUACUACCAUUGACUGCUCAUAUGUAUUUGCUUCGUUAACCUGUUUUCUAUUCAAAACAUUAAGAUGACAAGCUCUCUCGUGCCUGAUUCUUAUUUUCAGCUAAAUACACGAAAAAAAAACUUCGAGCAAAGUAAUAUUUUAGUUCAUUUGUAUCAGUUGCCCCCUCUAAUAUAUAUACACACACAAAGAAGAGAAGAGAAACAUCUGAUCAAUAGUAAUGCACACACACAUUCACACGGGCACACACACACAGAUAAAUACACAAAUACAAGAAAACUUUCUGUUUAUUACUCGCACACAGAAGAUUUGAAAUGCAAGUGGAACAGCAAAUACACACUAAAAUUAUAUUAGCACUAAAAUAGAGGAACUCUCUCUCCUUACAUAUCACUUUAUAACAAUACAUUUAAAA